AUGCUUUAUAGUUCCCUCCACUUCAUGGAACCAGAGAACAAAACUGGCACUACAGAGUUUCUUCUGCUAGGAUUUUCAGAGGGAUCAGAGUUGCAGUCCCUCAUAUUUGGGCUUUUCCUGUCUAUGUACUUGAUCACUGUGCUUGGAAACUUACUCCUCAUCCUGCUCAUCAUCACAGACUUUCAUCUCCACACCCUCAUGUACUUCUUCCUCGCCAACCUGUCUUUUGUGGACAUCUGUAUCACAUCUACUACCAUCCCCAAGAUGCUGGUGAACAUCCAGGCACACAGUAAAGCCAUCACCUUCCAAACUUGCAUCACCCAGAUGUUUUUCUUCCACAUCUUUGGAGCACUGGACAACUUUCUCCUGGUGGUGAUGGCCUAUGACCGCUUUGUGGCCAUCUGUCACCCCCUGUACUACACAGUCAUCAUGAACCCUCAGUUCUGUAGGCUGCUGGUUCUGGUGUGCUGGGUUACGAGUUUCCUGCAUUCCUUGAUAGAAAGUUUAUUAGUGCUAAGGUUGUCCUUUGGCAAAAGAGUAGGAUUGCGCCACUUUUUGUGUGAGCUCAGUAAGGUGAUCCAACUUGCCUGUUCUGACACCACUCUGAAUUACGUGGUAAUAUAUUUGACGGUUAUCCUUUUCGGUGGGGGCUCCCUGGCUGGCAUCCUUUACUCUUACUCUAAGAUCAUUUCCUCCAUCCGGAGAAUCUCCUCAGCUCAGGGCAAGCGUAAAGCCUUCUCCACAUGUGCGUCUCACCUCUCCAUGGUCUCCUUGUUUUACUGCUCACUCAUCGGCGUGUACCUGAGCUCUGCUGAUGCCCACAGCUCAUACUCCAGUGCAAGAGCCUCAGUGAUGUACACAGUGGUCACCCCCAUGCUGAACCCCUUCAUGUAUAGUCUGAGGAACAGACAUAAAGGGGGCUCUGAGAAUUCUUAUAGGAAAAGAGAGAAGAAAACUUUAAUUGUCCUGUGGACAAAGGAAUGUCUCAGUUUCAUGGUCUAG